AUGCGUGGCCUUACUCUCUUCCUUGCUCUAAUUCCCUCGCUAGCAGUGGCCGACUGGACAAUCACUUGGUACAGCGACGAGGGCUGCAAGAAUGGUAUUGGUCAUAUUGCACAGAAGGAUGGCACUAAGGACGGUGGAUCAUUCGACUCCGGAGUCGGGUCCUUUAUUGCUGAAUGGGACGACGGAGCCGAUAUCUUCGUGGUCUCAGCGGAUGGUGGGCAAGCCGGUGGUCUUCCAAGCCAUGACAUGUCUGGAAAAUGCAAGAAAAAGGGUGACAUUUCAGGAUGGGGAUUUGAACCCAAAUAG